AUGGGCUUUAAUGGGAUUCGGCCGAAUGCCACUCGAAAGGAAGUUUUGGAAAUGAUUGCCGUGAUUAUGAGGGAUGAUAAUGAUUUGGAGUUCAAGUUGGAUUCAAUGAAUCUGAGUUUAUCUAUUUCUGUAGUGACGGAGAUUUUUUGGGUUUUGAAUUGGGAAAGGUUGUCCGCCUUGCGUUUCUUUGCUUGGAUUAGAAGUUCGAAGUGUCGGAGAUUUGAUUUCGAAGGAGCCAAGAAAAUGCUUGAUGAGAUGAGGCAAAUGGGUUGUGAUCCAAUUGUUGACACUGACAACUACCUACUUAGUAGUUUGUGUAGGAGUGACAAAACUGAUGAGUCUUGUCAACUACUUGAAGAAAUGCAAGAAAGGAAUUGUCUUCCAAAUCCAUUAACCUUUGAGAUUCUCAUUUAUCACUUGUGUAGACUUGGGAAGUUUGAUCUUGUACACGAGUUUCUUGAUAGGAUGAUUUCAAAUGGUCUUGAACCUCGUCUUACAACCGACGCUGCCUUCAUUAAAGGUUACUUUAAUUCACUGAGAUAUGAGGAAGCACACAAGUAUGUGGUUGACUCAAGUGUUUAG